AUGGAUCUGGGGCUGGAAGUUAGGCGCGAGUGGAUCUUCGGCAACUCACUAACCUCCCUCUCGGCGGCGGAUCUGGUGUCUGACGCCAGUGCAGGAGGUCCCUCGCUUGGCGCAGUAGACGACAUCACCCUCAGCGACGGUGCAGCCGCAGUCGUACUUGAAGAAAAGGGACUUGAAACUGGUGGAUUUGAAGGUUUUCGUAGAGUUGAGCACUUAGAAAGCGCGGGAGUAGAAGUAGAUAGAAAAAUGCAGUCUCCUGGACUACUGACCGGUAGUGGUGGUGGUAACAAGCGUUGUGGUGGUAAGUUCCGGGGGGUUGUGGUGAUCACAUCGCAGCAAAAAGACCCUCCCUCAACACGGACCAAUAGAGCCGUUGAACCGGAGAAUCAGUUGGUGAUUCGAUCUACAUCACACUCGAAUCAUCCUUCCAACGGACUGGCGGCUAUGCGAAUCAGAAAGCCUGAGAUCACCCCCAUCCGGGAUCAGCCUGGGAAGGCAUCUUUCCCAAGAUAG